AGGAGGAGGAGGAGGAAGAGGAGUAACGGAUACAGCUGCGUUAGAAGGAGUGGCUGCCAUGGCCUCGUUCUCCUCCUCCUUCUCGACGUCCCUGUCGCUGGCGGCGCUGGUGGGGGAGACGGUGAUGACGCCGUCGGGUCAAGCCAACGUCAUCUACCUGGCGGUGAACGAGAGCAGCCCGGGAACCCUGCUGCUGCAGCUGUGUGAGCUGCUGGCCACCACACCUCUGCAGGGUUUGGUGUUUGAGGAGGAGCGGCCGCCUCCGCCCAACCGCGCCCCGCUGGCCCCCAUGCUGGAGUUCGUCUCCGCCCAGACGGGGGUUCCCGUGGUCGCCGUAGGGGGCGGGGCCAGCCUGGGACGAGAGCCACAGGAGAGCGGCUCCAUCUACCUCCAGUUCACCUGCUCCACGUCCCUGCAGCUCGAGGUGAUCUUCGAGGUGCUGGAAGAGUACGACUGGACGUCCUUCUCCGUGGUGACCACCCGUCACCACGGCUACGAGGACUUCCUGGCCAUGGUGGAGGGAAUGACGGACGGCUCGUUCAUCGGCUGGGAGAAGAAGAGCGUGGUCAUCCUCAACGUGACCGACGACCCCGGAGGAGCUCGGGCCAAACGGCUGCUCAAGGACAACGAAGCCCAGGUCCGUCUGCUCUACUGCUCCUUGGAGGAGGCCGAGGUGGUUUUCCGGGCGGCCUGGGCGUCGGGUCAGGCCGGGCCCAGUCACAUGUGGUUCGCCGUGGGACCGGCCCUGUCCGGUCUGGGCCUGGAGGGGCUGCCCAAGGCCUUGUUCGCCAUCCGGCCGCAGGGCUGGAGGGACGAGCCACGAAGGCGCAUUGCCAAAGGCGUCUCUGUGCUCACCCACGGGGCCAUGGCUCUGCGGAGGGACCAGGGGGCCACCAGCCGCUCGCAGUACGCCGGCAACUGCCAGAGUGACGGCAACCAGACCCACCGAGUGCCAGACAGAAUCAGGUACUUCACCAACAUCUCCAUCGGUGGGCGGGACUACUCCUUCAACAGUGACGGCUACCUGUCCAACCCGCUGCUCGACGUCAUCUCCUACACCAACGGGCGCGGCUGGGAGGAGGUGGGCUGGUGGGAGAACGGCCACCUGCGCCUCCGUUACCAUCCCUGGUCUCGUUACGGCUCCUUCCUGAAGCCUCUGGACGACUCCCAGCACCUCCGGGUGGUCACCCUGGAGGAGAGGCCCUUUGUCAUCGUGGAGCCGGCCGACCCGGGCACCAGCUCCUGCAUCCGGGACUCUGUUCCCUGUCGGAUGCCCGUCAACACAAGCUUGGUGGUGGACGGCACCGGACCCAUGAAACACUGCUGCAAAGGGUUCUGCAUCGACGUCCUCAAGCGACUGGCGAAGAUUGUGGGUUUCACCUAUGACCUUUACCUGGUGACCAAUGGGAGGCACGGGAAGAACAUCGACGGGGAGUGGAACGGCAUGGUCGGAGAGGUGGUGAACAACAGAGCGGACAUGGCCAUCGGCUCUCUCACCAUUAAUGAAGAGAGGUCAGAGGUCGUGGAGUUUUCUGUUCCCUUCGUGGAGACCGGCAUCAGCGUCAUGGUUUCCCGCAGCAACGGCACCGUGUCGCCUUCUGCUUUCCUCGAGCCCUACAGCCCGGCGGUGUGGGUGAUGAUGUUUGUGAUGUGCCUGUCGGUGGUGGCUGUCACCGUCUUCAUCUUCGAGUUCUUCAGCCCCGUGGGAUACAACCGCAGCCUGCAGAGCGCCAAGAAGUCCGGUGGAUCUAAGUUCACUAUAGGGAAGUCGGUGUGGCUGCUGUGGGCGCUGGUCUUCAACAACUCUGUGCCUGUGGAGAAUCCCAGAGGAACCACCAGCAAGAUCAUGGUGCUGGUGUGGGCCUUCUUCGCUGUCAUCUUCCUGGCCUCCUACACUGCCAACCUGGCUGCCUUCAUGAUCCAGGAGGAGUACAUCGACACGGUGUCGGGGCUGUCCGAUAAGAAGUUCCAGCAGCCCACGGAGCAGUACCCGCCGCUGCGCUUCGGAACGGUGCCCAACGGCAGCACGGAGGAGAACAUCCGCUCCAACUACCCCAACAUGCACCAGUACAUGAUCCGCAACAACCAGAAGGGCGUGGAGGAGGCCAUCGAGAACCUCAAGACCGGGAAACUGGAUGCCUUCAUUUAUGAUGCCGCCGUACUGAACUAUAUGGCCAGAAAGGACGAGGGCUGCAAGGUGAUGACCAUCGGCUCUGGAAAGGUGUUUGCCACGACGGGUUACGGCAUCGCCCUGCACAAGAACUCCCGCUGGAAGAGACCGCUGGACCUGGCUCUGCUGCAGCUGGUGGGAGACGAUGAGAUUGAUAUGUUGGAGCGCCUUUGGCUGUCGGGGAUCUGCCACAAUGAUAAGAUCGAGGUGAUGAGCAGUAAGCUGGACAUAGACAACAUGGCGGGGGUCUUCUACAUGCUGCUGGUGGCCAUGGGCCUCAGCCUCCUGGUGUUCGCCUGGGAGCACCUGGUCUACUGGAAGCUGCGGCACUGUGUGAAGCGAUCUGGUGGGAUGGACUUCCUCCUGGCUCUCAGCAGGGGGAUGUACAGUUGCUGCCAGUUUGAGGAUGAGACAGCAUCAGGAGGUCGCAAAGGCUCUUUGCCCCAAUAUCACACCAUGACCACUAUGCCCAGUGGACCCCAACAACACCUCGUCACAGCCACAGUGAAUAACACGACUGCCAUCGCCAUGGUGCAGCAGCAACAGCAGCAAAAGCACCACCAACAACAGCAACAGGGUCCGACCUACACCACCAUGCUCCCCGGAUCGCCACCACAUAUAGGACACUCAGCAAUGGCUCUGGGACCCUCCAACAGCCCCUUACUGGAAGGCCCCAUGCCCUGCUCCAGCUUCUUGCCUCGCCACGACCGCAGACUCGCCGUGGUCGAUCGCUGGAACAGGCCGAAGCCAGAGAAGGUCUUGAGUGCAGGCAGUGGUGGAGGAGUGGGUGUUGGGGGGAUAGCAGGAGGGAUCACUGAACUUCAGGCCCCACCGUAUCAGCCGAGCCUUGGACAGCACUGGAGCCUGCAAGGAGGAGUUGCAGGCGCAGCAGGGGCCGGAGGGGACACAGGGCUAGACGAAUAUAAGCGCUACUAUGGUCCUAUAGAUCCAGAGGGGCUAGGAGCCACCUCGGACCAACAGGCAGUGGGCCCCCAGCAGACUCCCAAAGCUAACCCGAGAGGCCCCAAAGCCUCAGGGAUGCCACGGCUGCCUCCAAAAGGCCCCCAGCACUUAAUCUCCAAGCCACCACCACCUCUCCCAUCUUCCCCACGAAGGCCUCCUUUCUGGCGAAGAGGAAGCCUAGCUCAGGCAAGGAGAAAAAGCUCAGGAGGUCCCCUGUAUGAGAAUAUACUCCCGCUGGGGAGGCGAGGAGGUGGAAGGUAUGGAGCAAGUGAUGGAGGUGGAAGGAGAGGAAGACGUCCUCCUCCACCUCCUCCUCUGCCCGUGCCCCUUUCCUCCCCAACACACACUCCUACAACACCUUCCUCCCCAUGCCGUUUCUACUCCUCUUGCUCCAGUGCCUCGUCCUCUUCCUCUUCUUCUACGUCGUCUUCAUCCUCUUCGUCAUCUUCUGUGUCACUGUCUCGGUCAAACUCCCCCUCUUCUUGCUCCAGUGACAGCUCGUACAACUCCUCGUUGAGUUUCCGGUAUCGAGCAGGUGACCGGGAGUUUACGGUAGAUGACGAUUAUGACUCCGACCUGCUCACGGAGGAGUCCAGCCUCCUCCUGGGGUCACGGAGGAAGAUUCGGUCACGUCGCAUGUCAUCACGCUCGCUGCCGUGCAGCCCGCCACCUCCGCCAAUCCCGCCCCGGAAGCCGCGCCCUCAGAGAGAUUACGGCCGAGAGAGAACAAGCAGCCAGCUGGCCCAGUUACAGGAGUGGUGGGCAUCGUGGGGAGACCGGGAGCGAGGGAGGGCGGGAACAACGAGCCGUGUAGAGGGAGCGGUUGGAAGAGAGGAUAAGAGACACCACAAAGAGAGGGAACGUGAAAGGAAGAGGAGAAAGAAGGGACGGAAGAAGAAGAAGAGGGAGGAAAGGGAGAGAGAACGGGAGCGAAAGCGACGCAAAGCAAAGAAGAGGAAGAAAGAGGAUAAGAUAAGGAAGAGAGAGCGGAAGAGGUCAGAACAAGAGGGAGGAGAGGCUGAGAAAAGAGAGGAACUCAAAUCAGGGACACCAGAUUACCCAUCAUACCCACCCCUGAGGAGAGAGUCUUUUCGGAAAAAGAGUGAAAGCUCGAUCCGAAGCUAUGGAUGGAACAUCCCGGGCGAUGAGGACAGGAAGGAGAGAGAUGAGAAAGAGAGGGAUGAUGGGGAAGACAGCCGAGGUAAAGAAAGACCAAACAGGCGAAGGAACAGCAAGCAUUACCAGAGCUCUAGCAGUAAGCCUUCAACAUCCGUCAAGUUCUGGGGAGGGGUCAACCCUUCCUCUGACGCCAUUCCAUCUGCCUUUCUGCCCUUGUUGCCUGUCUCCUCUAAAAGGAGGAAGAGUAAAAGUUCAGACAGGGAUACUGUCGGAGUGGAAGGAGAGAGGAGGCCUCUGCUGGGACGGGACGGAAGAGGCGAGAUGCACUCCAAGGAAGGGUUGUCUUUCCACGAGUGGGAGUCUGAAGGAGAUGCUGAGGAAGACGAUUCUGAGUUGGAGCGGAGGAAAGCAGAGCGUGGAAAGAGGCGUGGAGGAGGAAGGACAAUGUCCGAUGAGGAGCGGGAACGUGACAAGGUAGUAGGGAUAUAUUCGGAUGACGAUGGUUCUUCGGGAGAGUUUGGGAAGUUCGAGAGGUACUGGGAGGAUCAUGAAGGCAGGGCAGUGGGAGGGAUUGGUGGGGGAGGUUGGUUUUUCAGCACCUACCCCUCCAGGGACAAAGCCGGCAGCAUCAACAGCAGAGAUGACCUGUUCCUGGAGCGAGGGGAGAGGUGGGGGACGGCAGAAAGUGGAUGGGGGUCUAGUGGAGGCGGUGGUGGUGGCGAUGGAGCAGGAGAUCGAGGAGAGAGAGGGUGGGGAUCAGGAUCACACUGGCCCCCGCCUCCUCUCACACCACCACCACCUCGAAGAUACUGGUCCGUGGACAAACUCCACAUACAGGACGAGAAGAAGAGCAAGCGCAAGUCGAAGGACAAGGGAAGAGGGCACACCGCGUGUUCGUCCUGUCACUCCCCCCGACACCAUCCGCACUCCCAUUCCUCCAAAUGGGCCCGCGUUACCUCCAGGAGCCAGGAAGAGCUGUACCAGCAGUGCCAGAGUUUUGGUGGCCCUUUGAAACCCAAACACGACUCGUCAUCCUCCUCAAAAGCUGACCGCUCACAGAAUCUAUCCAAAUCUGGCAGCCAGUCAAACCUCAGUCUCCAGCAGCGGACACAGAGAACAGAUAGGGAUCGAGAUCGAGGACGGCAAUCAUCCCCACCUCCCAGCCUCAUACCGAACUUGCCGCCCCCGCUCCCCGCCCUCCCAGCUCCUCCGUCCUCAUCUCACCCUAUCCACGUCCCUCCCCCUACCUCCUCCUCUUCCGUAUCCUCUCCCUCUGUGGUCUCAUCCACCCCAGGGGCGCCCCAGCCCUCCUCCAUGGCGUCGGCAAGUGCUAAGCUCCAGUACCAGAGGUUGCGCUCUGUUCCCCAACCGCAGAGGUUCCCUCAGUCACCUCAUUUACCCCUGAAAGCCAAGAGCCUUUGCUCGCGAAGGGGCUCAGCCCAUUUCUCCAGCGUGGAGAGUGAGGUCUGA